UACUGCAGCCAUGGGGGAUGCAGAAAUGUCCGUGUUUGGUGCAGCUGCACCAUACCUAAGGAAGUCGGACAAGGAGCGUAUGGAGGCCUCCACACGCGCCUUUGACAUCAAGAAGGAAUGCUUUGUCCCGGAUCCGGUGGAGGAGUUUGUGAAGGGAACCAUCGUCAGCCGGGAGGGAGACAAGGCCACUGUGGAGACUCAAAAUGGGAAGACUGUUACUGUCAAACAGGCAGACGUUCUGCAACAGAACCCUCCCAAGUUUGACAAGAUUGAGGACAUGGCUAUGCUGACCUUCCUCCAUGAACCAGCUGUGCUGUUUAACCUCAAAGAGCGUUACGCAGCAUGGAUGAUCUAUACCUACUCUGGGCUGUUCUGUGUGACUGUCAACCCCUACAAGUGGCUACCAGUCUACAACCAGGAGGUGGUCGUUGCCUACAGAGGAAAGAAGAGGAGUGAAGCUCCUCCUCACAUCUUCUCCAUCUCUGAUAAUGCCUAUCAGUACAUGCUGGCAGACCGUGAAAACCAGUCAAUUCUGAUCACUGGAGAAUCUGGUGCAGGAAAGACUGUGAACACCAAAAGAGUCAUCCAGUAUUUUGCAAGUAUUGCAGCUGGAGGUGUUAAGAAAGACCCCAAUGCAAAAGAUAAGGGUACCCUGGAGGAUCAAAUCAUUCAGGCCAACCCUGCUCUGGAGGCCUUUGGUAAUGCCAAGACCAUCAGGAAUGACAACUCCUCCAGAUUUGGUAAAUUCAUCCGGAUUCACUUUGAUACCAGAGGAAAAUUAGCUUCUGCUGAUAUUGAGACAUACCUUCUGGAGAAGUCUCGUGUGACCUUCCAGCUCAAGGCUGAGCGUGAUUACCACAUUUUCUACCAGAUUCUUUCAAACAAGAAACCAGAACUCCUGGAAAUGAUGCUGGUUACAAACAAUCCCUACGACUACGCAUUCAUCUCUCAGGGGGAAACUCAAGUGGCCUCCAUAGAUGAUGGAGAAGAACUCUUGGCAACUGAUAGUGCCUUCGAUGUGCUGGGCUUUACUCAAGAGGAGAAAAACUCAGUGUACAAACUUACUGGUGCUGUCAUGCACUUUGGCAACAUGAAAUUUAAGCAGAGGCCUCGCGAGGAGCAGGCAGAAUCUGAUGGCACUGAAGAUGCUGACAAAGCAGCUUAUCUGAUGGGCCUGAACUCUGCUGACCUCAUCAAAAGUCUCUGUCACCCAAGAGUCAAAGUAGGGAAUGAGUGGGUCACCAAGGGACAAAGUGUUAAUCAGGUGUACUAUGCUAUUGGAGCUUUGUCCAAAGCUGUUUAUGAGAGAAUGUUCUUGUGGAUGGUCAUGAGAAUCAACCACUCACUUGAAACAAAGCAGCCACGUCAGUACUUUAUUGGUGUGCUGGAUAUUGCUGGGUUUGAGAUCUUUGAUUUCAAUACCUUUGAGCAGCUGUGCAUCAACUUCACCAAUGAAAAACUGCAACAGUUUUUCAACCACCACAUGUUUGUGCUGGAGCAGGAAGAGUACAAGAAAGAGGGGAUUGAAUGGACUUUUAUUGACUUUGGUAUGGAUCUACAGGCCUGUAUUGACUUGAUUGAAAAGCCCAUGGGUAUCAUGUCCAUCCUUGAAGAGGAGUGCAUGUUUCCCAAAGCCAGUGAUGCUACGUUUAAAGCUAAGCUUUAUGACAAUCAUCUGGGGAAAUCCAACAACUUCCAGAAACCCAGGAUUGUUAAAGGAAAACCAGAGGCCCAUUUUGCCCUGGUUCAUUAUGCUGGGACUGUUGAUUAUAAUAUCAACAACUGGUUGGUGAAGAACAAGGACCCUCUGAAUGAGACCGUAGUUGGGCUGUACCAGAAGUCUACACUCAAGUUGCUUGCUACUCUCUUUGCAAAUUAUGCAGGCUCUGAUUCAGCACACUCUGAAGGCACGGAAGGUAAAAAAGAGAAGAAGAAAAAAGGAUCGUCCUUUCAGACUGUGUCUGCCCUUCAUAGGGAGAACCUGAAUAAGCUAAUGACCAACCUGAGGUCUACCCACCCUCACUUUGUGCGCUGCAUCAUCCCCAAUGAGACUAAGACUCCUGGGGCCAUGGAGAACCCUCUGGUGAUGCACCAGCUGCGCUGUAACGGCGUGCUGGAAGGCAUCAGGAUCUGUAGGAAAGGCUUCCCCAACAGGAUCCUCUAUGGAGACUUCAAGCAGAGGUAUCGUAUCUUGAAUCCUGCUGCCAUCCCUGAGGGACAGUUCAUUGACAGCCGAAAGGGAGCUGAAAAACUUCUUGGAUCCCUUGAUAUUGACCAUAACCAGUACAAGUUUGGACACACAAAGGUGUUCUUUAAAGCUGGUCUGCUGGGUCUGCUGGAGGAGAUGAGGGAUGAGCGUCUCUCCAAAAUCAUUACUGCUAUUCAAGCCAGGUCCCGUGGUCUUUUGUCUCGCAUUGAGUAUCAGAAGAUGGUGGAACGCAGAGAUGCUUUAUUGGUAAUCCAAUGGAACAUCCGUGCCUUCAUGGGGGUCAAGAAUUGGCCCUGGAUGAAGUUGUUCUUUAAGAUCAAACCUCUCCUGAAAUCUGCUGAAGCAGAAAAGGAGAUGGCCAACAUGAAGGAGGAGUUCCUGAAGCUGAAGGAGGCUUAUGCAAAAUCUGAAGCUCGCAGGAAAGAGCUGGAGGAGAAAAUGGUCUCUCUUCUCCAAGAGAAGAAUGACCUGCAGCUCCAAGUCCAGGCUGAACAAGAUAAUCUAUGUGAUGCCGAGGAGAGAUGUGAGGGGCUGAUCAAAAAUAAAAUCCAACUGGAAGCAAAAAUCAAAGAACUAACUGAAAGAUUGGAGGAUGAGGAGGAGAUGAAUGCUGAGCUGACUGCUAAGAAGAGGAAGCUGGAAGACGAGUGCUCUGAGCUUAAGAAGGAUAUUGAUGACCUAGAGCUAACUCUAGCAAAGGUGGAGAAGGAGAAACAUGCAACUGAGAACAAGGUAAAGAACCUGACAGAGGAGAUGGCUGCUUUGGACGAAAUCAUCGCCAAGCUGACCAAGGAAAAGAAAGCUUUACAGGAAGCUCAUCAACAAACCCUGGAUGACCUGCAGAGUGAAGAAGACAAAGUCAAUACUCUGACCAAGGCCAAGACGAAGCUGGAGCAGCAAGUGGAUGAUCUUGAAGGGUCUCUUGAGCAAGAGAAGAAGAUUAGGAUGGAUCUAGAGAGGGCAAAGAGGAAGCUGGAGGGAGACUUGAAGUUGACCCAGGAGUCCAUCAUGGAUCUAGAAAAUGACAAGCAACAACUGGAGGAGCGCAUGAAAAAGAAAGACUUUGAGAUCAACCAGCUGAACAGCAAACUGGAGGAUGAGCUGGCAAUAAUUGGUCAACUCCAGAAGAAGCUGAAAGAGCUGCAGGCACGUGUGGAGGAGCUGGAGGAAGAGCUUGAAGCAGAACGAGCUGCUCGAGCCAAGGUGGAGAAGCAGAGAGCCGACUUGGCCAGAGAGUUGGAGGAGAUCAGUGAGAGGCUGGAGGAGGCUGGCGGAGCCACGGCCGCCCAGAUCGAGAUGAAUAAGAAGAGGGAGGCCGAGUUUCAGAAGCUCCGCAGGGACCUUGAAGAGGCCACUCUGCAGCAUGAAGCCACCGCAGCCACACUUAGGAAGAAACAAGCUGACUCUGUUGCUGACCUGGGGGAGCAGAUAGACAACCUGCAGAGAGUCAAGCAGAAACUGGAGAAGGAGAAGAGUGAGCUCAAACUGGAGCUGGACGAUGUGGUCUCCAAUAUGGAGCAGAUUGUCAAGUCCAAGAUUAUCCUGGAGAAAACUUGUAGAACUUUAGAGGAUCAAACAAAUGAAUAUAGAACCAAAUGUGAUGAAUAUCAAAGAUCCCUUAAUGACUUCACCACUCAGAAAGCCAAGCUUCAAGCUGAGAAUGAUGAGCUUUCAAGACAAAUGGAGGAGAAAGAAUCUCUUAUUUCUCAGCUCACAAGAGGAAAGAAUUCCUACAAUCAGCAACUGGAGGACCUGAAAAGACAACUAGAAGAGGAGAUAAAGGCCAAGAAUGCAUUAGCUCAUGCUGUGCAGUCUGCCCGCCAUGACUGUGACCUCCUCAGGGAGCAGUAUGAGGAGGAGCAGGAGGCCAAGGCUGAACUGCAGCGUAGCAUGUCUAAGGCCAACUCUGAGGUGGCUCAGUGGAGAACCAAGUAUGAAACUGAUGCCAUCCAAAGAACUGAGGAACUGGAGGAAGCUAAGAAGAAGCUGGCUCAGCGUCUGCAGGAGGCUGAGGAGGCUGUUGAAGCAGUGAAUGCUAAAUGUUCCUCUCUGGAGAAGACCAAACACAGGCUGCAGAAUGAGAUUGAAGAUCUCAUGGUGGAUGUGGAGAGGUCUAAUGCUGCUGCUGCUUCUCUGGACAAGAAGCAAAGGAACUUUGACAAAGUCCUGUCAGAGUGGAAGCAGAAGUAUGAAGAGUCUCAGUGUGAGCUGGAGAGCGCUCAAAAAGAAGCCAGAUCUCUGAGCACUGAGCUCUUCAAACUUAAAAACUCCUAUGAAGAGUCUCUUGAACAUCUGGAGACCAUGAAGAGGGAGAAUAAGAACCUUCAAGAGGAAAUUUCUGACCUCACUGAGCAACUUGGUGAAGGAGGAAAAACUAUCCAUGAGUUGGAAAAAGCACGAAAGCAGCUGGAGCAGGAGAAGGGUGAAAUUCAGUCUGCCUUAGAGGAGGCAGAGGGGUCCCUUGAGCAUGAGGAAGGCAAGAUACUGAGAGUUCAGCUUGAGUUUAACCAGAUUAAGGCUGAGAUGGAGCGAAAGGUGGCUGAGAAAGAAGAGGAGAUGGAGCAGUGCAAGAGGAACCUGCAGAGGACAAUCGAUACCCUGCAGAGUUCUCUUGAGGCUGAGUGUCGUAGCAGGAAUGAAGCCCUUCGUCUGAAAAAGAAGAUGGAGGGAGACCUCAAUGAGAUGGAGAUCCAGCUGAGCCAAGCCAACCGGCAGGCGGCUGAGGCCCAGAAACAACUCAAGUCUGUUCAUGCACAUCUAAAGGACUGCCAAAUUCAGCUGGAUGAGUCUCUUCGUGGUAAUGAGGAUUUCAAAGAGAACAUGGCCAUAGUUGAGAGACGCAACAACCUGCUUCAAGCUGAACUGGAGGAACUGAGAGCUGCUCUGGAGCAAACUGAACGGAGCCGUAAACUGGCUGAGCAAGAGCUGCUGGAUGUUAGCGAGAGGGUGCAGCUACCANCUAAAUGUUCCUCUCUGGAGAAGACCAAACACAGGCUGCAGAAUGAGAUUGAAGAUCUCAUGGUGGAUGUGGAGAGGUCUAAUGCUGCUGCUGCUUCUCUGGACAAGAAGCAAAGGAACUUUGACAAAGUCCUGUCAGAGUGGAAGCAGAAGUAUGAAGAGUCUCAGUGUGAGCUGGAGAGCGCUCAGAAAGAAGCCAGAUCUCUGAGCACUGAGCUCUUCAAACUUAAAAACUCCUAUGAAGAGUCUCUUGAACAUCUGGAGACCAUGAAGAGGGAGAAUAAGAACCUUCAAGAGGAAAUUUCUGACCUCACUGAGCAACUUGGUGAAGGAGGAAAAACUAUUCAUGAGUUGGAAAAAGCACGAAAGCAGCUGGAGCAGGAGAAGGGUGAAAUUCAGUCUGCCUUAGAGGAGGCAGAGGGGUCUCUUGAGCAUGAGGAAGGCAAGAUACUGAGAGUUCAGCUUGAGUUUAACCAGAUUAAGGCUGAGAUGGAGCGAAAGGUGGCUGAGAAAGAAGAGGAGAUGGAGCAGUGCAAGAGGAACCUGCAGAGGACAAUCGAUACCCUGCAGAGUUCUCUUGAGGCUGAGUGUCGUAGCAGGAAUGAAGCCCUNAUGAAGAAGAACAUGGAGCAAACCAUCAAAGAUCUGCAGCACCGUUUGGAUGAAGCGGAACAAAUCGCCAUGAAGGGAGGCAAGAAGCAGGUCCAGAAGCUGGAGGCCAGGGUGCGGGAACUAGAAAGUGAAGUAGAAAUGGAACAGAAGAAAAGCAGCGAAGCUGUGAAAGGAGUCCGCAAAUAUGAGCGCCGCAUCAAAGAGCUUACCUAUCAGACUGAGGAAGAUAGAAAAAAUAUUGCCCGACUGCAAGACUUGGUGGACAAACUGCAGCUGAAAGUGAAAGCUUACAAAAGAUCUGCUGAGGAGGCUGAGGAACAGGCUAAUGUUCAUCUUUCUAAGUUUCGAAAGCUGCAGCAUGAGCUGGACGAAGCUGAAGAGAGAGCUGACAUCGCUGAGUCUCAAGUCAACAAGCUGCGGGCUAAAAGCCGUGACGCUGGCCCAAAGAAAGGGUUUGAUGAGGAGUGAAGCUUUGGAGCCGGCUGAAACCUUUCUGCCUGUUGCGUAAUUUAGCCCCCCCUCAGUUAUCACUAUUCAUAACCUGUAGUCCUAAUAAAAUUACACUAAGACUUUGAACACAGCAUAUUCUUGUCUUU